CCUCCCUCCACCCCUCCCUUCGCAGGUGGCGGCUCCCAGCAGGACUGAAAUACCCGCUCCUAAAUCAGGAGCAGCUGGGUGGCGUCACCGCGGGGAUAAGAGGUGGCAUCGGGAGAGCCUGCCCUGGAGCCUGCGGGGCUCGGGCCGCGCGCAAGCCGUGUUGCCCUCCGUGGACCACCAUCCGCCUCUGGGUGGGAUCGUGGUGUUGUUCUGGGGACAGGAGGACUGGCCGGCAUCCUUGUGUGAAGUCGGGGCGCCCAGCAGGUAACGGCACAGGGGGAGCAGGAGAUGGCCCUGUCAGCAUUUAAUGCUGGGAAACCCCAGUGAGCCUGAGAGUCCUGGUGAGCUGGGAGACAGACGGGGUGGAAGAGUCCCCGUUUCACAAGGACUCAGAGGUCGGCCAGUGACCAUGGAUACCAUAGAGACGGCAAAACUGGAAGAGGAUUUGGAGAAUCAAAGCGGUGACGCCCCGAGCACUUACCCUGGCCAUGCUGAGCCUGCCGAGGAGGGCAGCAAGGAUGCCAAGGAGAAAGCCCCGAGCCCGGCAGGCACGCUGCGCAAGGGUACCCGCAAGUACCCCGACUACAUCCAGAUUGCCAUAGCAACCGAAGCCAGGAGCAAGUUCCCCCUGGAGUGGUGGAAGACUGGCAUCGCCUUGGUGUACGCGCUCUUCAGUCUGGUGCUGACCACCGUCAUGAUCACUGUGGUGCACGAGCGGGUGCCCCCCAAGGAGCUCAGCCCCCCGCUCCCGGACAAGUUCUUCGACUACAUCGACCGCGUGAAGUGGGCGUUUUUUGUAUCCGAAGUGAACGGGAUCAUAUUGCUUGGAUUGUGGAUUACACAGUGGGUGUUCCUGAGAUACAAGUCCAUCGUAGGCCGACGCUUCUUCUUCCUGCUCGGAACCCUGUACCUGUACCGCUGCAUCACGAUGUACGUGACCACGCUCCCAGUGCCCAACAUGCACAUACAGUGUGCGCCUAAGCUGAAUGGGGACUCUCAGGCCAAGAUACAGCGGAUCCUGCGGCUGAUCUCUGGCGGUGGGCUGUCGAUCACUGGGUCACACAUGCUGUGUGGUGACUUCCUCUUCAGCGGCCACACGGUUACGAUGACGCUGCUGUACCUGUUCAUCAAGGAAUAUUCGCCACGGCACUUCUGGUGGUAUCAUCUGAUCUGCUGGCUGCUGAGCGCUGCUGGGAUCACCUGCAUCCUCGUAGCGCACGAGCACUAUACUAUCGAUGUGAUCCUUGCUUACUAUGUCACCACGCGGCUGUUCUGGUGGUACCACUCGAUGGCCAAUGAGAAGAACCUAAAGGUCUCCUCCCAGACGAACUUCUUAUCCCGAGCCUGGUGGUUCCCCAUCUUCUACUUCUUCGAGAAGAACGUCCAAGGCUCGAUCCCUUGUUCCUUCUCCUGGCCACUGUCGUGGCCUCCUGGCUGCUUCAAGUCGUCAUGCAAAAGAUACUCCCGGGUGCAGAAGUCUGGCGAGGACAACGAGAAGUCCACCUGAGCCGAGGCCCGGCGAGACCGGCACGCUGUGAGCAAAGGCAGCUCCGUCCGUCUUUAUUUUAGGGGAACUGUCAGUGCAGAAGCGGACCAAAGGCUGCGGCUCGGUGGGGAGCCAGAGGAAGUGUGUAUUACCCAGACUGUUUAAUUCCUCCUGAGAAAGCUGCGUCCGUUGGUGACACAACCCUGAGUGGGGUUUCGCGGUGAGCUUGUUAAAGAGGUGCCAAAGAACACGUACCCCUCUUCCCUCUCUCUCCACUGAAGCCUCCGCUGCAGCAUCCUUUCGGGGUGUUGUCUUCCUCACGAGGUCAGAGGGAUUUGUUUAUGUUUGAAUAAAAGAUCAAGGUCUACGCGGCUACUGGGUACAUGAGCUGGGCUCCAGCCGUGGGCAGCGCUGGCCCUGGGCUUCUCGGGGUCCCCUCCAGGUCUGGGAGCUGAGCUCAGAUGCACCUUCUUUCCACCCUGGCACAGGGCAGGGAGGAGGGUCGUGGUGAGGCCCCGAACCCCCUGCUACCACCACCCAUGCACGAGGUGUCACUUUGACCCUUUUCAGUUUUUAACUGAUCAUUUUAAACAGAGAAGGAAAAGAUCCAAAGAAAUCUGAAAUUAUUUGACCUACCCGUGGAUUUUACAUGUAUGAAAACAGUUCAGUUUAAAACCUCUAAGAUGUCCAGGCGUGGUAGCCACGCCAAUAGUCUAUGUCAGCACUCAGGAGGCUGAGGCUGGAGGAUCCCUGUGAGUGACCUGGGCUACAUAGUGAGACCCUGCCUCAAAACACCAAAACAUGAUAAAUAGGGUUCAUGGGCAGUGAAGGGCAUAGUCCUUGCACGUCCGUCAGCAUCGCUUGCCUGACACAUGUGCUGCUGGGACCCCAGCAUAGGCUGCAGAUGUGGGUGCUGUGAUGCUUGUACCCCUGGACACAAGAGUGGUGCCCUUUGGCCCGCCCAGUCUGGCCCGGCCCCUGGUUUAGAGACCCUGACUAGAACUUGGGAAGCUGUUUGGGCACAUUUCACUACAAAUUUGCUACAAACCCUUUCUUGCUGGUUCUGCUAUGAGUAGUGGCCAAAGCCAGCUGGACCCCGCAGGCCGAGGGCAGCCGACUUUCCCAUGCACUGUGAGACGGCAACAGAUACAGGAAGGGGUUUAACUGUUUCUAAUUUCUUUCAAGUGAUGCAAAACAAAGGUGGCUGUUAAACAUCUGAUUGGAUAACCCUGUCAGACUUGAUUUAGUGCAUGAUUUAGUGCUGUCGAAUCUUUUGGGUAAUUCUCGGCUUAAUCUGUUAACUUCAUGAAUGCUAAUUUGUAAGACUUGGGAGAAGGGAGAGACAGAUGGCUCCGUUGAUAGAGGAGGUGAAAUUUCCUUAAUUUCAUUAUAAACCACUUGGCCUUGAUACAAAUUGACCUUCUCAUGGCUUGCAAAAGGCACAACAGAUGUGUCCAGAAGGGUCAUUACCCUUUGGUGCUAAAAUUCUGUCUGUUCAGAGUGGCUCUUUCUCCGUGUCAUGGAAGAAUCACUAAAGGAAGGGUGGUUGAAUUCCAAGACAGGAAGAAAAACUAAUCAUUUAUUUUAAACAAGACUUGAAACCUUCACCAUCUUUGGCAGACAUUGAAACCCAAGGGUUUUCCCAGUAUUUUUUAAAUAAACCAGUAAUCAACAUGUGUCUAGCCUAGCUGGUACGUUUAGACAUAAUUCUGUGUCAUUUCCACCCGUGUGCAUUUGUCCGACAAUUGAAAACAGAUUCCAGACUUGUGUGGUCUGUCAGGAAAAUCAUUGGAUCCUGGAGCCCGGGGCUUGGCCUCUGAGCCUCUUAAUUCAAAGAAAACAAUCCACAGACCUAAGAGCUUUACAUGGGGUCAGGGUAACCUGCUUUCCUGCCAUCGGAGAAGGGAACGUGCUAAAGCUUUAAAAUCAUUGCGUAUUGAUUAUUGGACACCCCUGACCCAGGAAGCCUUGCACUUUAGUCCACUAACCCAGUCGUAGAGAACUAGCAGUCUCCUCCCAGAGGACCUCAAGCUUCUGUGACCCUUGCCUGUGACAGAGCCGUAUCUGUGUCCUCUACGUCUCCUGCCUGGCUCUCCCUCUAGUAGAUGCAGAGGCAGAGGUAGCUGGGUAACGAAAAGGGAAAAUGUCAAGUUUCAAGCAGAAAAAAGAACUUGUGCGACCCAUUGAUGAUGUGGCCUUGGAGACAGCACAUUUUCGUGAUGCCUUCCCCUAGCCAGUUAAGCUGCAGCUGUUGCCCACAGUCCAUGUUUUGGUGCACCUGUGCUCCCGCCUGAAUCCCAUCCUGUGAUUCCGUCCUUCUGUGAAAUAGCUACAACGUACGAUGCUUACAAAUGAUGCCACAUUUUUUCCUGAAUCUUUCCAAUGGAAAUAAGUGCUCUCAGAUUAAUUUUAUUUUCUAGCUCCUUCACGAGAUUUAAAAAGAAAGCAUUGCCGUGCCGCACCCACCUGAGCUCAGUGUGAAGUUGCAAUUCAUUUAAGGCCCCUGAGAACCCAGGCCUUGCUGUGGGCAGGAGGUGGGGUUCAGGCUGUUGACUGGGUUCCGGCGCCCCCUUGUGGCUGGGGGCUCAAACGCCACUCAGUAAACCGUAUUUUCGACUUUUGAAAAGGCGUUUGCAUUGGUUUCAUUUUGUUUGUGCGUGUAUUUGAUUUUACCGUAGUCCUGGGGAAGGAAUCAUUUUAAAGACAUUUUAAGCCCUUCUCGAAGGGAGGAUGUUCUCAGCUUGGCGAGUCGCGAGUCUAGUCUUUUCAUCCAUUUGAUCACUGACAACGUGCGGGGCGUUUUUUACCUCUCAGGAUCACAAUCAUUACUGUCGCCUUGGUAACCACCUACACCUGUUUACUGGGAGUCCCUGUGGGCUUUCUUCCCUGUAAAGGUACAUGCUAGAACUCACAGGCUUUGCUUUUAAAUUGAAAUGUCACAUCUUGUUCCUUAAAUAUCUUGGACAUUUAUGUUUUCUUUGCCAUCAUGUUUGUUUUGUACUGUAAACUGAUUACGGAUUUGAAGCCGGUCUUCACACACUUCUAUAGUGUGAGAAGGAAUUUCUUACUGAGUUUACAUGUUUAAAUCAAGCAGACUAUAACUCAUAUGCCAUGUAGUAAAGACUUUUCUAUGUGUGUGUGUAAAGAGCUGCUGGUAUUUUUGCUUUUAAUGUCAUUAUGUUGCAAUAAUUUAACUCCUUUGACUCCACUGGUAAAAAUAUUUCCUGUAUAUGGAGUGCUCUUGACUUCAAAAUCCAAACACUGAAAAUCAUGUCACAGGUACCCAAAGAUGAGUUUCUAUGCAGAGAGACACCUUGUAAGUUCGGGUAUAUUUUAUUAUGCAUUAACCUAACUAUUAUGUUCUAAGUGAAUCAUGAAUGAGAAGAGGGCUUUAUUAUAGAAUUAUUUAAAAUUGUCCUUUAGAAAAAGAAACUGUAUACAUAAGCUAAUCUAGUUUCCAAGUCGGAAUUCACUAUUUAAUUUAUCUCUCCUGCAGUGGUGAGUGUGGCAGGGUGUACGGUUGGGCUACAGUGUAUCCACAAAAGAAAUACUGCCUCGAGGUUUAUGAGGUGGCCAGUUACUUUCUUGUGGAAACUUACUGCACUGUUUCAAUGUGUUAAGUGCCUUGUAAUAAAGUCAGAUUUUAAGUCUAGAAUUCAUUAUUUUCCUGACAUAUAUUUUUCAUUAUGAUAUCUACUGUAUGCUAUUGUAAUAGUUUUAUUAAAUGCUUACAUGUUAAUCAAUUAUGUAAAUUUCAGAAAAGCCUUUCUUUUACCCACCAAUACCUUAAUCAUUGGUCUGUCGUCUGGGUUUGCGUUCAGAUUAUUUUUGUUAAAGGAAGUUAUCUUUCUGUAGAAAUACAGUGUCCUUGCUUGUGAUUUUUUGGUCUGCAAAGACAUUUCAGGAGGAAAUUAGGGGUAUAACUAUAGUUUAUACUUCUGAAAUGCUGUCUCACAUUUACAUUUUAAGUGCCUAAUUGUUAAAACUAGUUUACGUUUCUAUUCAAAAGAAGAUAUGUGUAUUUGGUUUUUAAUCUCUUUGGUUUUGCUUUAAAAAAUGCCAGAUCCUAUACUUUGUAUUUACCAAUAAACCACGGUGACACUAAUGGCCUUUUCAAAA